CCCCUCAGCCCGAACCCGAUUAGGUCUCCGGUUGGAUGCCCGAUCGCGGAUCCGGAAGUUCCCCGGAGCGCGCGGAGGUUCCUCGCCGGCGGCGAUCGCGGCGGAGCUCGGAGCGAUGGAGUCGAUACUGGCUCGGGCCUUGGAGUACACUCUCAAGUACUGGCUCAAGUCCUUCUCCAGAGAUCAGUUCCGGCUGCAAGGUCGCACCGUUCAGCUCUCCAAUCUAGAUAUCAAUGGAGAUGCUCUGCAUUCGAGUGUUGGACUGCCGCCGGCAUUGAAUGUGACGACGGCCAAGGUUGGCAAGUUGACGAUAAUCCUUCCAUCGGUAAGCAACGUCCAGGUGGAGCCAAUUGUGGUGCAAAUUGACAGGCUUGAUCUGGUUCUGGAGGAGAAUCCGGAUGCUGAUGUGUCUAGGACUUCAUGUAGUACACCAUCAUCUGCUGGCUCUGGAUGGAGUAGUGGUUACGGAUUUGCUGAUAAGAUUGCAGAUGGAAUGACUUUGGAGGUUACCACUGUCAAUCUUCUUCUUGAAACUCGUGGAGGUGGCAAGAGUCAAGGAGGAGCCGCAUGGGCAUCACCUUUGGCAUCUAUAACUAUACGCAAUCUUCUUCUGUACACCACGAACGAAAACUGGCAGGUUGUUAAUCUCAAGGAAGCACGUGAAUUUUUCAGUAACAGUAAAUAUAUAUAUGUAUUCAAGAAACUUGAAUGGGAAUCUUUAUCUAUCGAUCUUCUUCCUCAUCCCGAUAUGUUUUCGGAGGCCAAUCUGGCACGUGCACAAGAAGGAGCAGAUCUAAGAGAUGAUGAUGGGGCAAAGCGAGUUUUCUUUGGUGGGGAGCGUUUUAUUGAAGGAAUAUCGGGAGAGGCUUAUAUCACAGUGAAGAGGACAGAACUAAAUACACCUCUUGGUCUUGAGGUUCAGUUACAUAUUACAGAAGCUGUUUGUCCUGCACUAAGUGAACCAGGACUUCGUGCUCUUCUCCGUUUCUUGACUGGACUGUACAUCUGCCUCAAUAGAGGAGAUGUGGAUUUAAAGGCUCAACAGCGAUCUGUAGAAGCAGCUGGUCACUCUCUCGUAUCAAUUAUAGUGGACCACAUUUUUUUAUGCAUUAAAGAUGCUGGGUUUCAGCUGGAACUUUUGAUGCAAUCACUCCAUUUUUCUCGAGCUAGUGUCUCAGAUGGAGAAAGUGCCAAUAACUUGACAAGAUUGAUGGUUGGUGGUCUUUUCUUAAGGGACACCUUUUCACGCCCUCCAUGCACUUUGGUUCAACCAUCAAUGCUGACUGUUGCAAAAGAUAUUGAGGACAUUCCUGACUUUGCUAAAAAUUUUUGUCCUCCAAUUUAUCCUUUGGGAGAACAUGAAUGGCAGAGAAGUGUAGGUGUUCCUUUGAUAUGCUUGUAUUCUCUCCAGGUCAAUCCAUCCCCUGCCCCACCCUCCUUUGCAACUGAGACAGUCAUCAACUGUCAGCCUCUCAUGAUCUUUCUUCAGGAAGAUUCCUGUUUAAGGAUAUGUUCCUUUUUGGCAGAUGGAAUUAUUGUGAGUCCAGGAGCUGUUUUACCUGAUUCUUCCAUAAACUCCCUUUCAUUUACGCUCAAGGAGUUAGAACUUACAGUUCCGUUGGAGUUUGGGAACUAUUUAACUUCUGAGAACGGGAAAGACAUUGUCCAGAAAUCUUUGACUGGAGCAAAGCUUCGUAUUGAAAACUUAUCAUUUUCAGAAUCACCUUGUCUGAAAACGCAGCUACUGAACCUGGAAAAGGAUCCUGCUUGCUUUUGUUUAUGGGAUGACCAACCCGUUGAUGCUAGCCAGAAGAAAUGGAUCACUGAAGCAUCACUGGUGUGUUUGUCUCUAGAAGCAUGUGCUGCUGUCAUCGAAGCACCGCAUUCUCGUAACAAUACAUCAGAUUCGUGGCCAUGUGUUGAGGUUAAAGAUGCUCGCUUUGAAGCAGCAACGGCUACUUCUGAUGGGAAACCCUUGACAGAUGUCCCUCCUCCAGGUGGGAUUGUUAGAGUGGGAGUUGCAUGCCAACAGUAUCUAUCCAACACUUCUGUUGAGCAGUUGUUCUUUGUGCUGGAUCUCUACGCCUAUAUUGGAAGAAUCAGUGAAAAGAUUGCUCUAGUUGGAAGAAACAGCAGAGCAAGGAAAUUGAGAACUGAAGCUGUUAGUAGAAGGCUAGUGGACAGGGUUCCCAGUGACACUGCUGUGAGUUUAGCUGUAAAGGAUCUGCAGCUUAGAUUUCUGGAGUCUUCUUCCUUGGUGAUGGAGGACAUGCCACUGGUUCAAUUCAUUGGAGAUAAUAUUUUCAUCAAAGUUUCUCAUGUAACCCUUGGAGGUGCCAUUGCUGUUUCAUCCACUUUACGGUGGGAGAGCAUUCAGGUCGAUUGUGUAGAUACUCCGAGAAAUUUGGGUGAUGAGAAUGGCUUGGUGUUGAGUACUGAGGACAAUGGUAAUCUGGUUAUGGGGAGUGAAACCCCUAAACUAAGAGCUGUCUUGUGGAUAAAUAACAAAAGCAAGUAUCAACCGUAUCCAGUUCCAUUUCUCGACAUAAGUACUGUGCAAGUGAUUCCAUUCGAUGAGGAUGACAUAGAGUGUCGUAGUUUAAAUGUGUCAGCUCUCAUUUCUGGUGUUCGCCUUGGUGGUGGAAUGAACUAUGCCGAGUCCCUGCUGCAUCGAUUUGGAAUACUUGGUCCAGAUGGUGGUCCUGGAGAAGGACUGUUGAAAGGGUUGGAUAAUUUGUCCUCCGGGCCUCUAGCCAAACUAUUUAAGGCAUCACCACUUAAUGCAGAUGAUCUAGAAAAGAGAGAUGGAAAAGACAAUGGUUUUCUGCACUCAGCAAAGCCAGAUAAUUUUGACAUAUCUGUAGAGUUGAAAGACUGGCUUUUUGCUUUAGAAGGUCCUCAAGAGAUGGCCGAAAGUUGGCAGUAUAACGAUCUCACAGAUGUCGGACGAGAAGAGAGGUCUUGGCACACGUCUUUUAAGUGUUUGCGAAUAGAAGCUAAAAGCGAAUCGAAGAACGGAAUUAGUUGCAAACAAAGAUCUAAUCCAGCGUGGAAGUUGCCUUUGGAGUCAGUCAUUAUAGAUAUUGAAGGCCUGCAGACCCUGAAGCCCCAAUACCAGGGGGAAAUCCUUGUAGCUGGUGUACAUUCAAAUGGGAUUAAACAAAAUUUUCAAAUGAACGAGGGGAUAAAUCUUGAAGUUCGCAUGGUAAUCUCCGAGGAUGAUGCAGAUAGUGAAAUGGCCAAGUGGAUGGUUGAAAAUUUGAAGUUUUCAGUCAAGAAACCGAUUGAAGUAGUUGUCUCCCGGGAUGAGCUUAAACAUCUCGCCUUUCUGUGCAAAUCUGAAAUUGAUUCGAUGGGACGAAUUACUGCUGGAGUCCUGCGUGUGCUGAAGCUGGAAGAUUCUGUUGGUCAAGCUGCCAUAGACCAGCUAAGCAACCUUGGAAGUCAGGGUCUCGAAAGGAUCCUUACUCCAGGCAUACUCAGCCGGGGUAGCAGUGCUGCCAGCAUCAGUCUUGCUUCUCCAUCUUAUAUGACUAACGAUCCUCCUACGGUUCCCUCAACAGUGGCUUCACUUGAGGAGACAGUUUUAGAGUCGCAAGCUAAGUGCACUGCUCUCCUGACUGCUUUGGGUAAUUCAGGUGCUUCUACCCAACAUAUCGCCGAUGUUGAACAACUCACUCAGAAUCUUGAACAUAUCCAGAGAUUAUUGAAGCAAUUGAGGACGAAUAUUUAAUCAACACUUUCACUCCCUUGCUUUGCAAUUUUGACGGAAGAGGAGCUCAAGUGUAUAGUAUAUGCCCAUUCUUUUGUGUACAGUAUACAAAUAUGUUGCCCCGUACAUGUCCAGUUUAUGUGUGGAAUAGCAAUCGGGCAAAGUAAGAUGUCUGAUCCGUAUACAGAAUUUUGUCAUGACAAGGACCGUGUCCCGAGACAUAAAGGAACCACUUGUAAUAGGUUCAGUUUUGUCCUUAUGUUUCUCCUUA